UAAUGUCAACAUUCCAAAGGAGGCCAGAGCCCCAGAAUCGGGGUCUAGGAUGCCAGAGAAAGGAUGGAGAGGUAUGCCCAUGAAUCCUGGGAUUUUGUACAAGGGCAAAGGCUAAGGAGCAGGAAAUAAAGUGUGAAAUUCUAUCAACACUGUUGACUCUGGACACCAUCCUAAGAAUGUCCCACUUCACUAGUUGGAAGGUCUCCCAAGUAAGCAAAAGCUUGACGCCAUAUGACAAUGUCAGAGUCCCCCACGAGAGGAAGGAGGAGGGCCUGCCUGCACACCAGCCCUUGCCUGAUGGGCAGACGCGGCCGAGGGGGGAAGGUGUCCAGAUCGCUAAGGACACAGCUGAUGACGAGGCUACCAGGGAAGGCCCGCCUCUCGGCAAAACAGAACCGCGGAAAGACGCCAAGGACUGGAAGCUGCCGAUCCCGCUGGGACCCGUUUAUCCACCGUUAAUCUCGAGUCUGAGCACCACCAAAGCUGUGGGGCGAAGCUGGGACUUGACUCCUCUGAUGGCAAAGAGCUUACGAAUACCUGACGUGCCUGUGGCCUGUGUGCCCCCGCAGGGCCCCUUCUGGCACUCUGUGGACACGAAGGCAGAGAAGAGACUGGCCGGUCGGAAGGAGCGCCGCAGCCGCUUUGGGGACGUCAAUGCGCACAAACGCCACCAGCUUGGGCAGAUCUUCAGCCCCUUCCAGGCCCUCGCCACCACGAAAUGCGUUAGUCAGCGGCGGCUGCAAAAAUGCCGCGUAACAAACUACUGUAAAAUUUGCCGGCUUUUACCAUCGCAACCGUCUAUGUUUCUUACCUGCUGGCCUGCAGAGAAAGUGGCUCGUUCCUCUUCUGUUGAUCGCAAGUUCGCAGGGUAGGAGGGAGUAAAGAACUGAGAGCAGUGAUCCUAUCUACCACAAGAGAUGAACUGUAGCCUACCUAAAGGUCGGUAACCUGAGGUUUGGGGAAGUUCCGAAGGCAAGUGGUUAUAGGUGUGGUGUUCUGAAAUAAGAGGAGAGAGAGGGCUCUGGGAAAGGGAAGUUUCUGUGAUAAAGGAAGAAGGU